UCAGCGCAUCGUCGUGCGCCGUCGCCCGGUGCGGUCGUCGGGGCUAUUCGUAUUGCCGGGCGUGUCGUAAUGUCCGUUCCGGGGUAAAAUUUUCCGGUCGCCGAACCUGUCGCCUCCUUCGGCAAAUCGUGCGAGAAGGGUCAAAGAAAUUUCCCCUCUCCCUUUGCUUUUUGCGAGGCGGUGGAGGAUUCAGGCCUCUCUCUCUCUCUCCCUCCCUCUCCCUCUCCCGCAUCGAGGUCUUCAAUAAGCUGGAGCUAUCGCUAUGUUGGUGUUCGGCAGAAACAGCUGCUGCGGCGACGUGAUCAGCUGCUUCGUUCAUUUGUCCGAAUGGCAUCCGUUGGAAUAGCAAAGCUGCGUUUCGGGCUCUGGAGCCCCGUCCUCUCCUGUGCAUACCAGGUCUUUGGAGUUUUUGUUUAUCUCGAAGCUGAGGGUUGCAGUAUAUAAUUAUAGGUUCCAAAUUUCUCAUGUUCAGCAAAGGGCAUCCAAUUGCAAGAUUCAUGGGCUGCUGUAGUUGCUUUGGAUUCUCCAGGAAGCCUAAAAGGACCUCGAGGCCCAUUUCUGGAUUGAAUAAUCAUCUUUCUCAGGAGUUUUUGUUGGAUGAAGACAUUGAAGAUGAGGAUGAUCGUUCAUACAACGGUGAGGUCACGGAUGGUGCUCAUGACGAUGAUGGUGAAUUGCGGAGCCGUGCCAAACGUUCUGAAGAUAUUCUGAGGUUUAGAGAAGAAAAUGGCCUGAUUUGCAGGCAGUAUCCUGUAAAAGAAACCCACAAAGUUAUUCGUUCGGAGGAUGAAAACGGGAAUAAGAUGGUCAAUGAAUAUGUUCGCGAGUAUAAGAUUGGCUCUGGUAGCUAUGGCAAAGUGGUUCUCUACCGAAGUCAAGUCGAUGGAAAGCAUUAUGCAAUUAAGGCCUUUCAUAAGUCCCAUUUGCUAAGGCUGCGCGUGGCACCUUCAGAAACUGCCAUGACCGAUGUUCUUCGAGAAGUUUUGAUCAUGAAAAUGUUGGAGCAUCCUAAUAUAGUCAACCUCGUAGAGGUGAUUGAUGACCCAGAAACAGAUCACUUCUACAUGGUUCUUGAAUAUGUGGAUGGCAAAUGGGCUUAUGAAGGAUCUGGUCCACCUGGUGGGAUUGGAGAAAAUACUGCCAGAAAGUAUCUGCGCGAUAUUGUUUCUGGGUUGAUCUAUCUCCACAGUCAUAAUAUAGUGCAUGGAGAUAUCAAGCCUGAUAAUUUGUUGGUGACCAGUUCUGGCAUUGUGAAGAUAGGAGAUUUCAGUGUUAGCCAGGUCUUUGAGGAUGAUAAUGAUGAACUUCGGCGAUCUCCUGGGACUCCUGUUUUCACAGCACCCGAGUGCUGUCUAGGUCUCACUUAUCAUGGGAGGGCUGCUGAUACUUGGGCUUUGGGUGUCUCUCUUUACUGUAUGGUCUUGGGACAUUAUCCUUUCCUUGGAGAAACACUGCAAGACACGUAUGACCAGAUAGUUAAUAACCCUUUGAUAUUCCCGGAUGGUCUCAAUCCACAACUUAAGAACUUGCUGGAGGGGCUUCUGUGCAAAGAUCCAGAACACAGGUUGACAUUGGAUGCUGUCGCAGCUCAUGCCUGGGUUGUUGGAAAAGACGGACCAAUCCCUCAAUAUUUAUGCUGGUGCAAGCGCAAAAGCCUGGAGGUGCAGGAACGUGAUGGGAGCAAAUAUGAUACUGACAUGAGUUUGACAAACUGAGUUUUGUUGACUUUCGACCUGUCUGUAUAGUAAAGCCCAAGAACUUUCUCCUUUCGUUUUCCUUUUUGGCUCAUGAGCUGACGAAUCUGGAGAUGGGAAUCAGGGAAGGUCCUGAGAGGAAUUAUCCGUUGAAACAGGGAUGGAAGACCUGUGCUCCUCAGAGUGGAAAUAGAGAUGGAUAGAUAUGUCUGGAUGGCCUAGAAAUGCAGAUAUGAGUUUUAGUAGGUUAAGAAUUUUCGAAUUUUGUUCAUGAUUUCUUGACAGAAGAGUAGUUUGUCUUGCCAUUUACAUUGGGUUCAUAGGUUUUUGAAACUGAGAGAAAGAUUAUACUGACAUUUAUCGAUUCCUUAACAAUUUGCUUGA